AUGUUUUUCGUUGGGGACCGCGAUUUCUUAUCCCUACCAUCUGAUUUAGAAGUAGAAAAGUUAACAGCAAAACUGACCAGCCGAUCCCAGGCCGAAGAAUUCUGUCUCCUCGAAGAAUUCGCCCCAAUUUGUCCACCUGGCUCGGUCAUCCUCAUCACUUCCGCUCUGUACGGAAGAAUGCGAUUGGGCAAAUGUAUGACACGUGACUACAAGCUUGGAUGUUAUGCUGACGUCACUGAACAUCUUGAUCUUUUGUGUUCAGGCAGACGACACUGCAGAGUUCCCAUUCCCAUACCACACCUUCUGAAGCUGGUCAACUGCUUCAGUGAUCUCGUCCUCUAUCUCGAUGUCCAGUUCCUUUGUGUGGCUGCUGAACUGGCCUUUGAGGAUAUAAAAUGUGGUCUGAGGCAAUCAUGCAACCGCUAUUCAACCGAAAUAAAAAACGACGACAGAGACGGCAGUAGCGACAUGUCGUCAAUGACAAUCCUUAAUAACACAGAAGGCCACAUAACUGAUGAUUACUUUCUCAUCAUCAUAGGAAACUUCCCCCUAACUUCCGCUCCAAGUCUGCCGGGUCAAAGGUUAACAAUGACGUUAUAUAAUCUACGAUCGGCUCACGGAAACAAUAAUAAUGAUAUUAAUAAUGGAGAUGAUGACUACGACAACAACAACAAUAACAACAACAACAACAACAAUAAUAAUAAUAACUUUGAUGGCAAUGAUGAUGACGAUGAUGAUUAUCUUGAUGAUGAUGGUGGCGGUGUUGAUGAUGACGUCAUGGUAAAUGCUAAAAAUAGAUUUGGAUCUCGGCCGAACUUAAGGUUCUAUAAUUCGAAUAAGAAAAAUGACGUUUUUAAAAAAAGCAACAACAACAAAAACAACAACAACAAUAUUAAUAAUAAUAAUAAUAAUAAUAUUAGUAAUAAUAUUGUGAACACAGAGUCUAUAAAAGAACUAGAUUAUGUAUAUAGAAACAACAACAGCAACAAACUUAACAACAUCAACAAACUUAACAACAUCAACAACAAGACAAACAACAACAACAUAACUCCAUGUCCUUAUUCGUACGCUAUCAUCACCGAGUUUGACAUUAGGUACAAUCACAACCUACAACAUCUGCAACAACACAACAAGCUGCAUAAACAACCCAAACAACAACACCACAAUUCACAAAGCAAAGCCUUAAACAACGACAACCAAGAACAGAAACAAACUCAACAACAGCAACAGCAACAGCAACAUCCACAGUAUUAUCUUCACCACCAACAACAACACACAUUUUGUCUGAAACAGAAGAGGAUUGCAUUAGUUUAUUCUACUAUUGGUAAAAGUCUUUCCAUGAAGGUCUAUGUUAACAAGCAUAAAUCGCAGUUCAAAGACGCCAAUCCAGCAAAAAACUUCAACAAUAACAACAACGACAGCAACAACAACCAAGAAACCUUCAACAACAAUAAAAACAGCAACAUCUUAUACGAAACAAAAAACCAGAAUACAAUAAAUUUGAAGUUCGACCGUGACAACAACAUUUACUACCUCUUAAAAUAUGAAGCACCAUCAUUACCAUACUUACCAUCAUUACCAUCUGCGUCAUACUUUCACAACUAUUCUUCCUUCACCAUUGUCACUAUAAUCACCAUUGUCACCAUCAAUCACGCCCGUCUUAUAUUGAGUUCGUGCUGCCUUGCCAUGAGAUGUUAUAAAUAA